AUGGAGGUGGGAAGUGGUUCUGGUUAUAAAGUUUUUACCUCCAGUUUUUAUCAUCCUAAGAUAAACGAGGACCAACAUGAAUAUGUUAGUCCUCGUUUACAAGAUGAAGGUUACGGUGACACUUUGUCAGAAGUAGUGCCACCAGAACCUUCAUCAGUAGAUGAAAUCAACGAGAAUGAGGACGUUGAUUUCAUUUUUUUUCAUGAAACUCCAAAGACAUUACUACCACUCACUGGACUAGACACAAGUAAGAUUGUUUCUUCGGAGAAAACAACGAAAGAAGAAGGGAAGCAGAGUCCAUCUUCAGAACACUUCAAACAUGUCUUAGUUACUGAAGAGCCGGUUACUGAAAACAUUGACAAAGAAUUUGAUACAAUGGAGGCAACAUGGGAAGCAAUUAUUGAGGCUGGGAAAUUACCCGAAAAAAAGCAGCUGAAGAAGACGGAAACAUGGAAUGCACCUCCAGUAGUUAUGCCUGUGGCAGGGCGGAAGGAGAUGAGAAAAUAUGAGACGUUUAAUGAGUCCGUGUUGGGGAGGCAGAGAGGUGGGCUGCAGAGGGACAUGUCAAUAGGUCAGGCUGAGUUGAACCACCGAAUCGAAGCGUUUAUCAGCAAGUUCAACAAGGAUAUGAGAUUACAACGGCAAGAAUCUGAGCAGAGAUUUUUAGAAAUGAUUAAUAGAUGA